CUCUCAUCUUUUUGCUAUAGCAUAAUCCAGCCACAUAAAUCUGCAUGGUUUGCUUUCUGUAUCAUCCUUUUCAUAGGCAAAACGAAUUUUUUCUCCUCACAAUAUUUUAGUCCAUUUCUAUGACUCUCUAUGACGAGAAUAUCCUUCUUCAGCGAGCGCCGUACGGUGAUCCAAUAACACAUAUCCCUACAUCCCUCAAAUUCGACCCAAACUAUGAUAUAUACUUUCGUCAUCCGGCCUAUCCAGACCCUCAUGAUAUUUUGAUAAUUCUCCCUGGUCUUGACCAUCCGCAUGGAGGAAUCCAUCAUCAGCUGGCUCUCGAUGCGUGCGCUAUCCUUGCCAAUAACAGAUAUGAGGGUUGGUUUACAGAGGAUAGAGAGGGAAAUGAACGUGUCAAUGUUCCUUUGAGUGGAAUUCUCAGAAAACGCAACUAUUAUUUUCGAGUGUCGGACCAUUAUCAAGAUCUGUACCCCAUUGUGCCAAGUUUUGAAGACUGGAUAUUUCCUCAUAACAACGUUCCAUCCUCGUGGAAACUCGACAUUCCCCGUGCUCCGAACCAUCCAACCCCAAGAGAAAGCACAUUAAUGGAAGCAACGCUUUCACGGGACAUCCGAUGUCGUAUUACAAACCAUAUUGAGGGAACGGAAUGCGCCCACCUUAUUCCCCGAAGCCAAAGCGUCUGGUUCCAGAGAAACUUGAUGGUCAGAUACGGCAAAACCAGUCGGCCUGGCUCCGAGCCUAUAGACACUCCUCGAAACGUGCUGCUUUUACGAUCCGAUAUACAUACCUCAUUCGAUUAUAAGCGAUUUACAUUUGUUCCGAAGCCCCAGUAUGCCACAAGUGGAGAUAACCUAGAGGUGGGGAGUGAAUCAGAUGCAUAUGUUACUCAUGUUUUCCGUUCCUCUGACCCUCACGAGCUGACGUCGCUUUACCAUGGUGUGAAACUGCAAAUUCUUACUGGUGUGGCUUCGGAGUAUUUGUUCGCCCGGUUUGCGUGGACAAUUUUUCAAUUUAUCCCAAUAUUUAUACAAGCUGGCGUUCAUCGUCGUGUGGCUGUGUAUGAGCCUGCGAACAGUUUGAGCAGCUCCGUUGCGAGUACAGAACCUUCUGUAAAAACUCUUAGCGGAGACGAAUGCCGAUUUUUACCACUUCGGAACAAGCCUAGGAGCUCAAGCCCAAAGAAAAGAAAGCCAGAGGAGGACAUUGGAGACGCAGACCUGGAUUAUAGGAGAGGACGAUGCAGGACAAGGAGAGAUGAGGACGCAUCGGCCAUGGGGUCAUUCGAUUCGGGACUUACAGCAGACGGACCAUGGUAUCAAAGUUCCGCGUCGGAGGCCACUGAGGAUACUGAUCUAUCAGAUCCAGACCUAGACAAGAGCGGGUUAAACUCCCAUACGUCUUAUAUAGAUGACCAGCUUCUCAUAUGAUCGAAGAUGGCCAGGUCUGAGAAGGACAUGGGCCGUUUGUCUAUAAAUGAAUUUAAUAUUAUUCUCAUGUGUUAUAGGGCGCAAAAAUGAAUUCGAUGGACCUCUAAUGAUGGACCUGGAUAAAGUGGAUUAGCGGUGUUAUUUACCUAGAAUAGAUUAUGACAAUCAAUUGGUGGCACCACUCCCUUGAUUCAUCAACCCUGCGCUGUUUUUUACUAGUCCUCUUUAGGGUUAGUUUGUGUACAAGCAUCC